AGUUCCGCUUUCUCUGAUGCUGGAAUCCCUGGUGGUCCUCUGGAAUCCUAUGGUUCUUAUUGUUCUCGGACGGAGUUUUGCCUCGUCGGUAUUCCCCAACUCCCGGGUCUGUGCACCGAUAAGUCUGGCUCUUAGCAUUCUUUCCUGACAGGAAAUUUGGAAGCCGAUAACUGUUUCCGGGGGGAGCGGAGAAGAGAACACUCACUUCCGGCGGAGGGAGGCUUUUCUGGAGGGAUGGAGGAGGCGGAGGAGCUGCUCUCCGAGGGCGAGAGACUGCGGUUCGCCCCUGACCCGCGCCUGGGCCCGGACUUGGGAUGGAUCCCUUCUGGACAAGGCUGUGCUCAGGGCCUCAAGGACUUCCCGCCCGGGGCGACCCGGGCCUUCCUGGCUCUAAAGAGCCUCCCCCGGGGCUUGGCCCUUGGCCCUUCACUCGCCGAGGAGCAGCGCUUAGGGGUCUGGUGUGUCGGGGAAGCCCUGCAGCCUGGACUGCUCUGGGGGCCGCUGGAAGAGGAGUCUGUAUCGGAGCAGAAGGAUGAAGGAGUGAAACCGCGGCAGGAGGAGGACGUGUCACUAGGCCCAUGGGGAGACGUGUGUGCUUGUGAGCAGAGUUCAGGCUGGAUCAGUUUGGUGCAGCGGGGCAGGCUGGAAGGUGAGGGGAACGUGGCCCUGGUGCGGGUCAGCGAGAAGCUCCAUCUGCAGGUGUACCAGGUCGUACUGCCAGGCUCUGAGUUGCUACUGUGGCCCCAGCCUCCCUCUGCGGGCCUGAGCCCCACCCAGCCCGGGCUAGAAGAAGAGGCAGCCAUGGCUGUGGUGACAGAAGUGAACUCUGCUGUCCAACGGGAGGUGGACUCCCCAGGGCAAGAUGCAGCAGAACCUUGGGCAGAUCCUGGUCACCAGCCACCAACCCCCAGCAUCCAGGCAGAGAGCAUGGGAAGCCCUGGACUUAAGCCCCAAGCCCAGGAUCAACUUUCCAAGGAGAGCCAACCGCUCGGCCUGCCCCCUCAGGAUGGCGGCAUGGAGGAGGAGGACCCACCCCAGACACAGGUGCCACCUGAACCUCCGAGCAGCUCUGCGCCCCAGCAGGGCCCAGAGAGCAGUGAGGCCGGUUGCUCGCCUUCUGCCAGGGGCAACCAGCUGCAUGCUUACCUGGUCAAGAAGUUACAUGGCCCCAGUGGUCAGUGCCCACCCAGAGAAAAGACCUCGGAGCCCAGGGCCCAGCAGGCGGGAGAACAGCAGGGGCCGGUAGGCUUCCCUGCACGCUUGCGGAGCCCUGCCGGCCCAGCAGGAAGCUCCCUGAAACAGAGGCGGCGGUACCGGUGUGGGGAGUGUGGCAAGGCCUUCCUGCAGCUGUGCCACCUGAAGAAGCACGCGUUUGUGCACACGGGCCACAAACCCUUCCUUUGCACUGAGUGUGGCAAGAGCUAUAGCUCGGAGGAGAGCUUCAAAGCCCACAUGCUGGGCCACCGUGGGGUGCGGCCCUUUCCUUGCCCACAGUGCGACAAGGCCUAUGGCACCCGGCGAGACCUCAAAGAGCACCAGGUGGUACAUUCAGGUGCCAGGCCCUUUGCAUGUGACCAGUGUGGCAAGGCCUUUGCCCGCCGGCCCUCCCUGCGGUUGCAUCGCAAGACCCACCAGGUGCCAGCUCCCCCUGCCCCGUGCCCAUGCCCCGUGUGUGGGCGGCCCCUGGCCAACCAGGGCUCCCUGCGGAACCACAUGCGGCUCCACACGGGCGAAAAGCCCUUCCUGUGCCCGCACUGUGGCCGGGCGUUCCGCCAGCGGGGCAACCUGCGUGGGCACUUGCGGCUGCACACAGGGGAGCGUCCUUACCGCUGCCCGCACUGUGCUGACGCCUUUCCGCAGCUGUCUGAGCUGCGGCGCCAUCUGAUCUCGCACACGGGGGAGGCCUACUUGUGUCCCGUGUGCGGGAAGGCCCUUCGAGACCCACAUACACUGCGUGCUCAUGAGCGUCUGCACUCAGGGGAGAGGCCCUUCUCAUGCCCCCAGUGUGGCCGGGCUUACACGCUGGCUACCAAGCUGAGGCGCCACCUCAAAUCCCACCUGGCCGACAAGCCCUACCGCUGUCCCACCUGCGGCAUGGGCUACACCCUCCCCCAAAGCCUCAAGCGGCACCAGCUCAGUCACCAGCCUGCUGCUGCUUCUGAGCCCACCGCGGUACUCUUGCAGACUGAGCCAGAGCUAGACACCUGCAGGGAACAGGACGUCUCCCCAGCCCGGGACGUCUUUGAGGUCACCGUUUCUGAGAGCCAGGAUAAGUGCUUUGUGGUACCUGAGGAACCAGGCCCCACUUCCAGCCUGGUGCUCAUCCAUAAGGACAUGGCCUUUAGUGCCUGGGCAGAAGUGGUGGAGGUAGAGACGGGCACCUGACCCACCCUCUCCCCCAGGGGAGUUCUAUAUAAAGCUAGUGUUUUCUA